AUGACGAUCCAAGCAAACCAGAAAAAGGGCAUUACAGGUGUGGCAGUAAUAAAGGAUGGCACUGGCAGAAUACUGACUGAUGAGGAAAAUAUCAAGAAACGGUGGGAAGAGUAUUUUCGUGAGCUACUUAACACGGAAAAUGAGAGAAAACCAUUAGGUGAAAUCGAUGCAGUUGAAGGACCUGUCCAAAACACCUCCACAGAAGAGACAGUGCCAGUGAUAAAAGAUAUGAAGAACAGCAAAGCUCCAGGACUUUCGGAGAUUACAGCUGAACAUCUCAAAAUUCUAGAUGAAGAAGGUAUAAAAUGGAUAACAGAGCUGCUAAACAAGAUAUGGAGCGAGGAAAUAAUACCCGAGGAUUGGACAAAAAGUAAACUAAUGACCAUCUACAAAGAAAAAGGUGAUCCAAUGAACUGCAAAAACUACAGAGGUAUAAAACUCCUAGAGUCUUAA